UCAGUUUUCAAGUGCGUCAUUAAUAAUAGAUAUAAUGGCGGCUUUGCUGGCGAAGAAAUGUGCGUCUCCGCUAUUUCUCAAAACGCUUUCAGCUCCAUGUAUGACGAUGCAAUCUGGGUAUCACAUAAAGGUUUUGGACCACUAUGAGAACCCAAGAAAUGUUGGAUCUUUGGAUAAAAAUGCCAAAAAUGUGGGCACAGGGUUGGUUGGUGCCCCUGCAUGUGGAGAUGUGAUGAAACUGCAGAUUGAGGUGAAUGAGGCUGGGAAGAUUGUGGAUGCCAAGUUCAAAACCUUUGGCUGUGGCUCUGCUAUUGCUUCCAGUUCCUUGGCAACUGAGUGGGUGAAAGGCAAAUCUGUUGAUGAGGCCCUCCAGAUAAAAAACACUCAGAUUGCUAAGGAGCUUCGCCUUCCACCAGUCAAACUGCACUGCUCAAUGCUGGCAGAGGAUGCCAUUAAAGCAGCUUUGGCAGACUAUUGUCUGAAACAGGAAGGUGAACCGGGUGAGAAGAUCGCCGUGUCCUGCAACUAGGAGCUGCACUUGAUCCUCUAAAUCAGUGGUUCUCAACUGGUUCUUCACAACCAAAUGUUGUUUCAGUUCUGUUCUGUCUGUGCAGCAGGAAAAUAAAACCAAAUGCUAGUGUUAAAAUGCGUUCCACAGUUAAAUAUUGACAUGGAAGAGAAUAAUGGAUUUAAUUUCUUCCAUUAUGCAAAUAAAUUGAUUUUACAUAUUGUUUGGUCUGCACAGAUUAUGAUAAUUUUAGUUAAUCUCAGGGUUUGGCUUUGGGUCACUAAUUGAUGCCCAAUGUAAACUCUAGGUCUUAAAAAAAUACCAGUUGAGAACCACUGCUUUAAAUCCUCCUUAUGAGUUUAGACCAAAGCUCUCCAACUCUUGCACUGUUUCAAGUCUUUUAAACGCACAAUAUAAAAGUACUGACCUAUAGACUGUUACUAUGUCCAAGCCAUAUUUGUUUAGAUAUGUUGUUUGAUAUGUAUUAGUGGUUUCACUUGCUAGCUGAAUGCGCACAAAUCUUGUUCUCUUUUAGUUUGAAGGAAUGGAAAUGUGAUUCUGAUGGUGACUUAUCCUGCUGGUCUUUUAUUCAAUGGUCUUUCAAACAUUCAUUUGUUAAAUGAAUAAAGCAUCUGUAAACAUCACUGGAUUUAAUGCUGCUUACCAAUGGGAUCAAUAAAUAUGAAGCACAUUU